AUGCAGUUCCUGGAUCAGCGUGGACCUGUUCACUACCCCCAGGAUCACCAUGGGGACAACCAAGGAUACACCGAUAUGGAGGCUGAUAUGCCUGGAGUGAAUGCCUCACACAAUGACCAGGUCUGCAGCACAUGGGGUAACUACCAUUUCAAGACCUUCGACGGGGACUUUUUCCAGCUCCCCUCCACCUGCAACCAUGUUGUGACCUCACUGUGUAAGAGCAGCUAUGAGGCUUUCAACAUCCAGAUGAGGCGGCAGGUGGUGGACAACCAGCCCACCAUUAGCAAGAUCACCAUGAAGCUGGAUGGUGUAGUGGUGGAGCUUUCCAAGGGUGGUGUUGUGGUCAAUGGGCAGACGGUGACCCUGCCGUUCAGCUUGUCUGGAGUCAGCAUCGUGAAGACUACAUCCAAUGUGAAGGUCGUAGCCAAACUGGGGCUGGUUGCUGUUUGGAACAAGGAUGACUCCCUAAUGAUUGAAAUGAACGAGAAGUACAGAAACCAGACCUGCGGACUGUGUGGUGACUUCAAUGAAGUGCAAACAUACAACGAGUUUAUCAUCAAUGGUGGGGAACUCUCUAGCCCGGACUAUGGAAACCUCUGGAAACUGGAUGGCCCUCUGGAAGUCUGUGAGGAGCCUACGCUAACUUCUGUGGAGAGCUGUGGAGAUGAGGAAUUUUGUCAGCAGCUGUUCUCCAGUGCAGCUUUCAGUAGCUGCACUAAUUAUCUGGACAUGGACGCCUUCAUCAAGACCUGCCUUGCAGACCUGUGCCACUGUGAUAACAGCACCAACUCCUUCUGCCUGUGCAACACCAUCUCAGAGUACUCCCGUCAGUGUGUUCAUGCAGGGGGGAAGCCCCAGCAAUGGAGGACUGAACAGUUCUGCUAUAAGACAUGUCCCUUCAACAUGGAGCACCAGGAGUGUGGAAGCCCCUGUGUUGACACCUGCUCCAACCCAGAGGCCAGCCAGUUGUGUGAAGACCACUGUACAGAUGGCUGCUUCUGUCCUCUAGGUACUGUUUUUGAUGAUGUCAGCAACAGUGGCUGUAUUCCAUUGAGUGAAUGCCUCUGUGUCCACAAUGGACAAGUAUACAAAUCUGGAGAAUCUUACACCAGCAACUGUAAAGAAUGGUAGGCCAACACCUGUGCUGGUGGUCAGUGGGCCUGUACAGACAAGGACUGUCCUGGGACCUGCUCUGUGGAGGGAGGAUCCCACAUCAACACCUAUGAUGGGAAAGCCUACACCUUCCAUGGGGACUGCUCUUACAUUCUGACCAAGAAAUGCAAUGGAUCUGAAUUCACCGUGCUGGGAGACAUUGUGAAGUGUGGGUUGACUGACACUGAGACGUGUAUGAGGGCUGUUACCCUUGCCCUCUCCAGCAGAUCCACCGUGAUCCAAGUCCAGUCAAGUGGAAGUGUUCUUGUAAAUCAGAUUCUUCCUCAGCUCCCGCUCUAUACAGCUGAAGUGACCAUCUUCAAGCCCUCCUCAUUCUACAUUGUUAUCCAGACAACUCUUGGAAUUCAACUUCAGAUCCAGCUUUCACCAGUUAUGCAGAUCUACAUAACUGCCAUCUCAUCCUACAAAGGAACAACCUGUGGCCUUUGCGGAAACUACAAUGACGUUCAGGCAGAUGAGUUCAGAGUCAUCAGUGGAUUGGUGGAGGGCACAGCUGUAGCUUUUGCCAACACAUGGAAGACCAUGGCCAGCUGCCCUGAUGUCAAGACUAGCUUUGAGAACCCCUGCAGUUUGAGCAUCGAAAACGAGAAAUACGCCCAGCACUGGUGUUCCAUGUUAUCAGAUCCUAAAGGAGUGUUCUCCCCUUGCCAUUCUGACAUAAGACCUGACACCUACAAAACCAACUGCAUGUAUGACAGCUGUAACUGUGAGAAGAGCGAGGACUGCAUGUGUGCUGCCGUCUCCUCUUAUGUCCACGCUUGUGCUGCCGAGGGUAUCCAGCUCAGCGGCUGGAGAGACACUAUCUGCAAUAAAUUCGCCGCCUGUCCCAGACAAACAGUUUAUACCUACAACAUGACCAGCUGUGGACGCACCUGCCGCUCCCUGAGCAUGACAGACCAAUCUUGCCAGGUGAAUUUUGUUCCAGUGGACGGCUGUGGCUGUGCAGAGGGCACCUACAUGGACGAGGCUGGCCAGUGUGUUGCCCCCACCAACUGUCCCUGCUAUGACAAGGGCUCAGUGGUCCCUGCAGGAGAGACUAUCAGCAGAGACGGUGCCACCUGUACUUGCAGACAAGGGACACUGAGCUGCACUGGGGGAGCAAGAUCAUUCAUAUGCACAGUGCCAAUGGUUUUCUUCAACUGCUCAACUGCACCUCCAGGAGCUUCAGGUUCAGAGUGUCAGAAGAGCUGCAAAACUCUGGAUAUGACCUGUAUCAGCACAGAGUGCACAUCAGGUUGUAUGUGCCCCACCGGACUGGUGUCUGAUGGGAACAGAGACUGCAUCAAGGAGGAACUUUGUCCUUGUUCUCACAAUGGAGCUACUUACCAAGCUGGAGAGACUCUUAAGGUUGACUGCAAUACAUGUACUUGCAAGGACAGACAAUGGCAGUGUACCACACAUCUUUGUGAUGGAGUUUGUGCAAUCUACGGAGAGGGUCACUAUAUCACCUUUGAUGAGAAAAGGUUCAACUUUAAUGGAAACUGUGAAUACACUCUCAUUCAGGACUACUGUGGCAAUACUAAUGGCAGUGGCAGCUUCAGAGUCCUCACUGAGAACGUUCCUUGUGGAACUAAAGGCACCACCUGCUCCAAGACCAUCAAGCUCUUCCUGGGGACCAGUGAGCUCAUACUGGCAGAUGGGACCGCUCAAGUUGUCAGAAGUACUCCAGAAUUGCAGUUUCCUAAACAGAUCAGCCUUCUGGGGAAUUAUCUGGUCAUUGAAGUCAAAAGUGGUCUAAUCCUCAUGUGGGACAAGAAGACCAGUCUCUUUAUCAAGCUUAGCCCACAAUACCAGGGGCAAGUGUGUGGUCUGUGUGGAAACUAUGAUGGCAACGCAAACAAUGACUUCACCACUAGAGCCCAGGCGACAGUUGUUGAUCCAGUGGAAUUUGGAAACAGCUGGAAAGUUUCAUCAAGCUGCCCAAGUGUGUCUGCUGUAGUGCACCCAUGUGCCUCCAACCCGUACAGAGCGUCUUGGGCCCAGAAACAGUGCAGCAUCAUUAACAGUGAUGUCUUCGCAGCCUGCCAGAACCAGGUGGACCCCUCUCCUUACUACGAUGCUUGUGUGAGAGACUCAUGUGCUUGUGACAGUGGUGGAGACUGUGAGUGCUUCUGUACCGCAGUGGCAGCUUAUGCAAAGGCCUGCAAUGAAGCUGGAGCAUGCGUAGCCUGGAGAACCCCUCGAAUUUGCCCACUGUUCUGUGAUUACUACAACCCCACUGGAGAAUGUGAGUGGCACUACAAGGCAUGUGGAGCUCAAUGUAUGAAGACCUGCAGAAACCCUUCUGGAGACUGUUCUAGUUUAAUUCCAGCAUUGGAAGGCUGCUAUCCUAACUGUCCUGCGGCACAACCUUACUUCAAUGAGAAGACAAUGAAGUGUGUGGAGCGGGAACAAUGUGGCUGCUUUGACUAUGAAGGAAACCAGUACACCAAUGGACAGAAUGUUCCGGCACCAAAUUGUAAAACAUGCACCUGCACAAUGACUGGAGUGAGCUGCAGUUAUGAUGUAAAUGAUUGUACAUGCUUGCAUAAUGGUAAACAACACCCGUAUGGAGAAACCCUCUACAAUACAACAGAUGGGAUUGGUAACUGCAUUGUUGCUGUUUGUGCCGCGAACGGAACCAUUACCAGGAACAUUUCCCCUUGUCAAGUGACCACAACUCCAGUACCAACCACAACUUCCCCUCUGACCACAACAACUGUCCAUGCAACUACAACACAGGCCUCUACGACAACACUAAAGCCCACAACUGUCUUCCACUUCUCAACACAUGGUAAGCAGAGAAACUCUUGA